AUGUCGCUGGUGAAUCUCGGCCAUCUCUGCUGCCAUUUGCAGAAUGUCAGCCGUGUGCGUAAACCACUCACGUCCGUUCCGCUCUCUAAGCUGAACCUGCAAGUCGUGCUCGGGCUCUACCGCGAGGGCUUCCUCUCUGCCGUCCAGCGUGGUGACUUGCAAGGCCCCGACCAGGAGUACACAGAAACGACCUUUGACAAUAUUUCCACUCGCAGGUUAUGGUUAGGAAUGAAGUACCGUGAGUUUAAACCAGUUCUACACAACGUGCACUUGGUGAGCCAUCCAAACCGCCGGGUAUUUGCAACCCACGGCGAGCUGGCUAAUUUGGUUUCUGGCAAACCCCACGGAAAGGUCCAGCCGCUUGCAUUAGGUGAGGUUAUGUUCAUCCGCAUCAAAGAUAAGAAUAAAACUGUUAUGGAGAUCCAGGAGGCUGUCCGGCGCCAUCUUAGCGGUGAGAUCCUUUGUCGGGCCAGCUAA